UGGGACACUGUAUGGAGAGCUUGAGAUGAGCGGAGCUGCACAAGGGCGCUGCCUGUCAUACCCAGCAGCGACACGCGGUUCUAUGGGGCAGUCUGAGGAAUGACCGUGGGACCUUACGCGCGCACAAAGGCAAACACCCGUGACAGAGAGCCGCAGUGGGAGAGAUGAUGUGCAUUCUGCCCCAGGGGAAGCUUUGCCGCUCAAUAUGGAAAGGUUUGGCCUUAGGGGCUCUUCUCACCAGUUUCUUAAUCCUGUUGUAUUCCUACGCCAUGCCUCCUUUGAGCCUUAGCAGCACAGAGAACCCUGUGGCCUUUAGUUGUUCACCUGCUAUUCAUGAGUCUUCACGUUCAACAACAAAUUCCACCUCCAAGAAUACACAAAACUGUACCCCUCGGCAUAAUCUUAUGUUCCUUAAAACCCAUAAGACUGGUAGCAGCACAAUUCUUAACAUACUGUUCCGCUACGGCGAGAAACACCACCUCCGAUUUGCAUUCCCACGCGGUCGCAAUGAUUUUGGGUACCCAGAAUACUUCCAGCGUUGGCAAGUAGAGGGCUAUCGUCCUGGUGUCUGUUUCAAUAUGAUUUGCAACCACAUGCGUUUCCAGCAUUCAGAGGUAACCACACUCCUUCCUUCUGAUGCUGUCUAUGUUACUGUUCUCCGUGAUCCAGCAUUGCUCUUUGAAUCUUCUUUCCAGUACUUUGGCCGAGCAGUCCCUCUAACAUGGUCACUGCCAGGCUCUGGAAAUGAGCAAAAGAUUAAUACCUUCCUGCGCAGUCCACUGAGCUACUAUGAUCCUGGUGGGUUUAAUGCCCACUACCUUCGCAACCUGCUAAUGUUUGACCUGGGCUAUGACAAUGAUUUAAAUGCAAAAGAUCCCAUGGUGGGACAAGUGCUGGAGGAGUUAGAUAGGCGUUUCCACUUGGUAAUGUUGCUGGAGUACUUUGAUGAGUCUUUGCUGCUCUUGCGUGACCUAAUGUGCUGGGAUAUGGAUGACAUACUGUACUUUAAGCUGAAUGCACGCAAAGACUCGAAUAACUCCAGGCUAAACUCUACCAUGUACCGCCUGGCUCAGGAAUGGAAUGCAUUGGAUACUCUCAUUUACCACUAUUUCAACAAUACCUUUUGGAAGAGGGUGGAAAAUUAUGGCACAGAGAGGAUGAAGCGUGAUGUGAUGGAACUAAGGAGGAGAAAUGAAGCACUGAAACAAGAGUGCAUCGCAGGUGGGGGGCCAGUAGAUGCCAAUAAGAUUAAGGAGUCUGGGCUGCAACCAUGGCAGCCACUUGGGGAACAUUUCAUUGUUGGCUAUAACCUCCAGAAGGACAUCUCACCACAACACAGGCAGCUCUGUAGGAACAUGCUAACCCCUGAAAUACAGUACAUGAGCAAGCUGGGGGCAGAUCUAUGGCUAACACAGCUUUGGGGAAACAUCAGGGCAGUGCUUAAAUGGUGACCCUGCAGCGGACCAAGGGAGAGGCUGACAUAGUUUACAAAGAAUAUGGGACUUCUGAAGAAUUUUGCGGUACAAAGUGGAUUGAAUGGGUGAUUCCCAUUGGACAAUAAAAACUUGGCUUCUGUCUGAUUGCUGGUAUGACAAAGCUCGAUAAGGACUAAUGGAGGUAACAAAA